AUGGAGGAAAUUAGGAAUCAUGAGUUCGAAGAGGAAGGAUCAACGAUGGAGAAAGUAUAUAUAGCUGUUGGAAACGAUUUACAAGAAGGUUUCAAGACGAUCGAUUGGGCUUUAAAGAAAUGGAACAACAUCCCAAUCUCCAUUGUUCUUCUCCAUCUCUGCAACAUUUCCCAGGAUUUUGUCUACACUCCUUUUGGGAAGCUUCCAGCGAGUUCUGUGAGCGAGGAGAAGCUUCAGGUACUCAGGAAAUACGAGGAACAAAAGAUCAACAAGUUGUUGUCCAAAUACGUUACUUUUUGUGGAAAGUUACAGGUUAAAGCAGAGUUACUCAAGGUUGAGAAGCAAGAUGACUCAAUCCAAGUGCUAAUCUUAGAUUUGAUCUCAAAGCUUAGAAUCACAAAACUCGUCAUGGGAAUCACUUUCAUGAGAUUUUCAUCAUCUUGGAAAUCGAAGAGUGCCAUAAGCGGAUCGUUCUAUAACGUAGCAGAGAAGGUAGAAUAUGUGAGAAGAAAGGUAAAUGAAGCUAAGCUGAUGAUAGAGGAGAAAAAGAGAGAAGUCAAAGUCAACGCUGAGAGAUCCCACAAAGCUGAAUGGGCAAUCUCUUUAUGCAAUUGCAGAAUUGAAGAGCUUGAAGCCGGGAUUAAAGAAGAAAGCGAGAGACGAGAGAAGCUUCAAGGGACAUUAGAUUCGGAUAAAGAAUGUAUCGAAGAAGCAAAGAACGAUGUCGAAAAAGGAAAAGCAAAGCUAAUUUCGCUUGAGGGGAUUCGAGAAGAGCUCUCAAGCAAGGUUAAGACAACGAUGGAGGUUAAAUCGCAGGCGGAAGCGGAGCUAGAGAGGGUCGUGUUAAAGAAAGGAGAGACGAUCAAUGAGAUUGAGAAACUCAGGAACCAAAGAGAUGUUUUCAACCGUAGGAUUGAGUUUUGCAAAGAGAAAGAGGCGAUGGGGUUGGUUUCGAAGGAAGAAGUGAAGUGUGGGUAUAGAGAGUACGUUGCAGAGGAUAUCAGAUUAGCCACGGAGAACUAUUCCGAUCGACUGAGGUUGAGAUCCGGCGGUAACUGGACGAAUGUGUACCGAGGAAGGAUCAAACAUACGACUGUGGCUGUGAAAGUGAUUAAUAAUCGUUUGUCAGAUGACGGUUUUGCAGCAAAAGUUAAGCUUUUGAAUGAGAUUAGGCAUCCUAAUUUGGUAGCAAUUGCUGGGUUCUGUUCAGAAAAGCCUAAAUGCAUUCUCUUUGAGUAUAUGCAUAGUGGGAACUUGAGGGAUAAUCUGUUCACAUCGCAGAGGAAAUCGAGAAGAAGCAAGAUACUGAAAUGGCAUGAUAGGAUUCGCAUAGCUCACCAGGUUUGCUCUGGACUCGGGUUUCUCCACUCGGUUAAGCCAAAACCGAUCGUUCAUGGUCGCCUCACGCCGUCUAAGAUCCUCUUGGACCGUAACCUUGUACCGAAAAUAACCGGGUUUGGAGUGAUAACAACGCAUAGUGAUCAGUCUGACACAAAGCCUGAUGUGAUGGCUUUUGGGGUCCUGCUUCUGCAUCUUUUAACCGGAAGAAACUGGCCCGGUUUGCUCAAGGCAAUGUCGAUGAACCAGACGAGUAUUCUCAGAGACUUGGAUCAAACAGCUGGUAAGUGGCCGUUGGAGCUAGCUAAGGAGCUUGGUGCACUUGCGGUGAAGUGUUCUUCAGUUAACAGAGGAGGGAAUAUGGAAUUUUCAACCAAAGAGAUAAUGGAAGAGCUUGGUAAUAUAAGGGAGAAAGCCGAUGAGCUUAGAAUCAUAGGAGGGUACGAGGAAGCAACCGAUUCAAACAUGGAAGAAGGAGAUCCGAAUGACAUACCGAGUGUUUUCAUGUGUCCCAUACUUCAGGAGGUGAUGAAGAAUCCACAUGUUGCAGCAGAUGGGUUUUCGUAUGAGCUUGAGGCCAUAGAAGAGUGGCUGAGCAUGGGACAUGACACAUCUCCUAUGACAAAUCUGAGACUUGACUAUCAGAUUCUCACACCAAACCAUACUCUUCGCUCUCUCAUUCAAGACUGGCACAGCAAAAGAGCAGCUCACGUUUCCUCCUAG